AUGCUCGACAUCUUGUCGUCGCCGCUCAAGAGCUACCUGGCGCAGACCCUGCAGUACUACCUGUCCAAGUACCUCAAGGACAUCCAUCUGGAAGGCUUUGGUUUCUUUGGCAGCGAUCUCGUGCUCAACGACCUCGAGAUCAAGCGACAUGUGCUGCAAACGGCGCUGGACAUUCCAUCAUCGUUUGACUUUUCGAGGGGCUUCAUUCGAGAGCUGCGCAUCCACAUUCCAUGGACACAGAUCCUGUCGCAACCCAUCGAGAUCAAGCUGUACACGGUAGAGUUGAUCCUCACCUCGAAAGACGAGCAACCUUCCACGUCCUCGUCGCGGCGACGACGUCGACAGAGUUACGGGUCUGAAUGCAGCAGUGCCACGCUCAAUACUCAAACGUCCAAGCCACCCAUGGACGGCAACGACCAACAAAGCCAAAUUGAACCACCCAAGUCCACUUGGUUGCAAAGCAUGCUUAGCAAGAUCUUGGCGAACAUCUCCAUCCAAGUCAACAAUCUGGUGCUCAAGUACGAACAAGAAGACAUUGUGUUGUCUGUGACACUGGGGUUGCUGGAUGUGUAUUCUGCCAAUGCUAAUCAAAAGUGGACGCGUGGCUUCGACGAGCCCAAGGGCGACGACAAGUCCAUUUCCAAGCGCAUGGAUGCCAAGGACAUCUCGAUCUUUCUCGACAGAUACACGAGCGAUCGGCUGUCCGUAGACGUCGACUCGGACAUCAUCCAUCGCCAAGUGAUUGGUUACGAAGUCCCCGUACUGCGCCGCACGAGCUUUGGGGUGCGUGUCCAGUACGCCCUGGAGCCGACUCUGUUUGGCGUCGUCCCCUCGACGCCCAAGGCAACGUAUAUGCCCAGUCGAUUCACGGAUCCAUUCAGUGGACUCCGGCUUCAUGGCCGACCCACGUUUCUACUUAUGGACGUGUACAUCAACGAGUUAAACUUGUCACUCAGCGACCGACAAGUCCAGAUGCUUGUGCAUGUCGCGACGACGACGCCACCACCAACGUCAUCGUCGUCACCUUCCAAGCCACCUGCCAAACCGUCGCCGCUGCAUCGCGCGCACUCGACGCCGCUGCCGCCCGCCUCCUUGUCCUUAGACCACCACAACUUAGCCCGUCCACUGGUAUCCGAACCAACCAACAUCAGCCCCCCAACCACGACGACGACAUCAACGACAACGUCCUCAUGGUCGACGUGGGCGAUGGACAUGCUUGUGGGUGCCCCUCCCGACGACUUGGAAGCCGAGCUCUUACAAGGAAUUCAAGCAACCAACAUAUAUCAGUCGAAUCCAACGAUGCCUACCACCUCCACAACCCCAUUCCCUCAGUCGCUUGAAGGGGACGAGUAUUAUACCGCCACGUCCAGGGACAACCAAGACGACAUGUCGGCGGCUUUGCUGCCAUCAUCGUUGUCCCUACAUCUGUUGACUGUUCGCGUGUCCAUCCAGCACAUAUCCCUCACGUUGCGAUGCCAUGCUCACACGACCGCCGCCGAUGCCGACGAUGGUGUCGACACUGCCGCCACCAUCAUCUCGACACCCGACCAGGCGGCGUUUUCAUUUGCUUCGCCGUAUCCGCCCGACAAACAUCACGAGUAUGCAGUGGAGUAUGUGCCCGUGGCCAACAUGGGGCUGGUGCAAGUGGCAUCGUAUUCCCCCCUGCACACCAAGACCAAAGUGUCCAAAGCCGCCGACCCCGUCGCCGUCUUCACCGUGACCGGUACCCUUGUAGCGUGGUCCACCGAUCAAACCCACGUCAAGGAGCUUGAAGUCGACAUUGAAAACGUCAUGGGGGUGCACCACCACCACCACAUCAUGCAGCCAAAGCCGCAGCAGCCUCCUCCUCUUUCCAUUCCACUGGACGCCAAGCAUCGAUCGACAUCCCCCCCUUUGACGACUGAAUUCAUCCGGAUGGGGACGUUUCACAGCUCGAACCAACGCUCGAUCGCGCAUGCCAACAUAACCCAGUCGUUGUUUGCCCCCGACUUGCAAAACCAAACGACGUGGAACCCGCAACUCGAACGAUUUCGACACUUGCAAUGGGACCCGUCGACGCAAGUACAUUGCUACCAGUACAUCCCCCCACCCCCCCCCGUGUCGGGGGAUGCCCUGACCAGCCCAGAAGACUCGGCCAGCAACACAUUUCCGAUGAAAUGUACAUGCAACGUAGGUACUGAGCAUAGCGUGUCGUCGAUUCAAGCGUAUUGGGCCGAUUCAUUGCCCACAUUGUGCCAAGCAGCAGCAGCAGUAGCGUCGAAGCUAUUGAGCCGCCACGAAUGUACUGCUGCUGCCAUCUCCUUGACCGAUGAAAUCGCUCGGCGGUUGCAUGCUCAAUAUACAGUCCCGUCCAGCCACAAGACUUCAACGAUCUUGCUUCAAGACUUGGUGGAAACCACGUUAGAGAACGCCAUCAACUUGACGCAAGGCUCGUCGACACGUCGAAAGAGUAGAACAGACACGGCGGGGAUAACGUCAUCCUUACCCCAGGACGACCCCAGCAUGGCCGCGAUGCUAUUCAACAUGCUAGUACCAGCUCUCGUGGUAUAUUCGGCCCAGCUGGUCGGCCACACAUGCCGCAGCCGCGCCACCCCUAGCGCCAUUCGUAUCCACAUGGUGGAAGACAUUUCACAACCACCACUGAUGGAUCCGCCCAUGUCAAAGGCGGUGGCCGACGUGUCAGUGGGGGUUGUUGAGGUGAUCGUGACUCUUCCAGUGUUGAUUGCAGCCGUCGACUUUGUCCAGCGCAUCGAGUUGCCCAAAGCAAAUGAGUUACACGGAGACGGCCACCGUUUGAGCAAAACUGCUGCCGCCGCCACUAUGCCAGAGGAUCCAAGUGAAGCCUGGACUCACUACAAGCAGCAGCAGCAGCAGCAGUUCUUUCUGCAUCUCAGCCGCGUCACGUUGCAAUGCACCGUCCAGGACAAGACGCCGUUGGUCCAGGUAGCACUGGACUCGCUGUGGUUCGAAUCCACACUGCAGAGCCGACGACCCCCAAGCAGCAGCACCGACAUACCUACGACGUCCAUCCCGACAUGUUGGAAAGGGUUGGUGUCCAUGGACACCUUGUGUGGCGAUGUGAACGACACGACCGUUGUUCGUGUGCGACAAGUAGAUGCGACGUGGUUAUGGCGUUGGCAGCCGGACGACGACAAAGCAGAGACCAGACAAACCAGUCCAUGGUCCAGAUCCAACUGCGUCUUCGAAGUCGACGCUUCUAUCCACGCCGUCACAGGUCGAUGGAGCCACCAAGUUGGCGUGGAUAUCCUGACAAAGGUGCUACCGAUGGUUCAAACGGUGGGGGUGUUGCAAUGUCGUCUUGGUUUGCAGCAGUGGUCGACUGAUUGGCUGGCGGCCGCCAAGCCGUCAUAUGACAUGUUUCAAGUCGCCGUGUGUGGAUUAUCUGGUCACGCGCGGAUCGCAGAGGCGAAUCCGUACCAUGAGGACGCCGCCCCCACUGGCAUUGAAACGACGAUGGAUGUGACGGUGAUGUCAGCCACGUGUCAUCGCGGUGGACGGGUUUUCGCCCACAAUAUGAGUGGCCAAGCUGAGCAACGACUUGCAUCACCAUCCCCUCGGAACUCGUGGAUUCUAGUACAAGGCUCGGCUUGGGUGUUUCCGUCGACUGGUACUGGGCGCCGCACGCAGCAGCGGUUAUUGCGUCUAUUUCGACAUGUGUUGGACAUGGCUGGGCUGGGUGGCCAUCUCAUAUCAACGCAAGAUAUCAUGGGGGCCCGAGGUGAUGAUAACGAGGAAGAAGGACUCCAAGUGGACUGGACUGGCGACGUUCACGUGGCUGGCUUUGAAGUGGACUGGCGACAUGUUGUGGCAUUUCUAGCUGUGGUGCCACCGUCCUCACAGGCCAUGAUGACUAAGUUACCAACACCCCCAUCCCCCUCACGACCUUCUCCUGUUCUGCCCAUGCCUCGCCACAAUGACGUGGCUCCAGCUACGACCUCCAGUCGCCAUACGUGGCGUCCUAGCGUGCAAGGCUGGACGUGCAAGCUAAACGUGCGGUGCGAUGGGUCAACAUGGAAGCUCACUCGCUAUGUGUCAUUGACGACGCCACAAGUGACGUUAAACACGGUGAACUCGUCGUCGUCGCCAUCUCCUAGUAGACGCAACCAAGCGGGCGCGGUGGUUGGUUCGUGGGCCAUGGCUAUGGCAGUGUCUGAAUGGGGCGUGCAGUGCCAAGACCGGCGAGUGCUGUGGAGCGAUGGAAUUGCUGCCACGUUGGACCUUGAGCACACCAAGCACCCCCCAGUCUUAUGUCUUCACCAGGAUGAAUCUUCCGAGUUUGACUCGAUCGACGUCGACGUGGCCAUUGCACUCGACACCGUCGCAUGUUUUAUGUCUCCGUUGGAUGUGGUGCUGCUAGCAUCCACGCCAGUACCUCUGUCAUCUCGAGCCCGAGUUGACUCCUCCCAUCCUCCCACCGCCUCCGAAUCUGUUGGUUCGCCGUCGUCCUCCUCAACCGUGGCUUGGUGUAUCAAGGCAGGUGUCCAAGUGCAACAUGUGGACGUUCAACUGCUCUGUCCAUCCAAUCGGAUUCAUUUUAUAGCGCGGAAUCUGUCAACGGCGCUUCGUACGGGCAACUACCCCCCUCUGCAUCCCGUGGCGCCGUCCCACACUACAUUUGUCGACUCGCAACUGCUUUUGCUCGACAUGUCCAUGCUGGAAGACCGCACCUUAUCGCAUACUUGUUGGCUACUGCAUGCGAUGCCGUCGUCGUCGUUGCUUGGCGUGUUGCUGUGCUUGGAACCUCGUGACAUCCACUCAUUUGCAGUCGCCGCGGGGGUCACUGACAUUCAGGCGCCCGAAAUGAUAGACACGGACCCGGUGCUUCGAUGGCAAUAUGCAACCCAUCUUGCUCGGCAGUGCAUCACCGCCCCUGCGACGAUGCCUAGACCCCGUCGGCGCGCCACACAACCACUUCUCUGCACUGCACAGUCGUUUGCGAUGCCGAGAGACGACGAAGGCGACUCUGUGUUUCUCGCGCUCUUUGUGCGGAAUUCUUACACGGGUAUUGAAAGUAGUAGUAGUCCCCGUGCCGCUGCGACAACGUUACAUGUGACAGGUCACAUGGAAGCCAUGGAUAUCGUUGUGACAUUGCCGUCGGUGCAAAGUAUCGUGGACGUUGCCGACACAAUCUCAAGCCAAUGUAGUUUCCGUUCAAGUCCAAAAACAGCGACAACACCAAGCAAGUACCAAGGCGUGCCCAAUAUCACGUUCCAAGUGGAGACGCUCCGUGUGUUUCUGCCAACGCACACCAUGCUUUGCAUUGACCAUAUACACGUGGACUCUGGGCUUCCUCCUCUGUCCAUGGAAGGGCUCAGCUCGCCGCCGUUUACGCCGUGGACGCAGAAACGACGCCGCCCGACGAUAGCUCCACAACCCACUGCCGACCUAACCCCCCACAAAUUGCACACCCGGCUGACCAACGUGUAUGUGGCCACGGUGCAAUGUCGUCCCGAUGACCAAGGCACGGGGCCGUUUGAAGUGUGUAUGGCCCGCGUUGGUCGUCGCCAAGCGUUGAGGAUCGCCAGUGUGACGUACCUCGUCCACCCGAUUUUUGUGUCUGUCGAAGUAGCGGCGUCUAGUCCCCACGUAUCCUUGCACGUGACGAAAGUGGUUGUGGAUUUACCUCGAUACGCGCAAUCCAUGGCGUUGGCAGGUCUGGCAGGUGCGUACGUAGCGGCUGUGCGUCAGUCCAGCAUCGUUCGCCGACAGAAUCGAACAAGGGGGCCGCGGGCAUCACAAUAUCAACAAAUCGUCAGGCCAGAGGAGGAGCAUGAAGAAGCAGAAGACAUCCUAGACUCGUUGUGUUUGUUUGGGUGGCGCGUAGCCGUCGAUGGACUCGAACUCCACGUUGGCACGCCACCGGAUGCAUGUCAACGUACUUUGCGUAGCUCGAUCGUCCACGUUCGAGUGGGUUGCAUGUCGGCUGCACACAGUACCACGUCACGGCAAGGGUCAGUUAGCGUCAAGAAUGUCGUGGUGGGGUUCCAGUCUGGUGAUGCCAUCGAAGCGUUGAUCUUUGGCCCGUUUGCCGAUCCGAGUGAAUGGCAAGUCGCAGUCGAGAGGUACCCCGAUACCGUACUGGCCGCGUCGUGGUCGUUCGAGUCUACCCAUGGGUGGUUGUGGACGGGGCUAGUGGAACUCCAGGGCGUGCAAUGUCAUGUGUCGGUGCCGUUCCUGCACGCUAUCCGCCCAUUUAUUGUGGGGGCAACGCCCGCUCCACAAACACACUCGAACGAAUCGUCGGCAGCAGCAGAUGGAGUCCUCAAACCGCUGCAUACGACCGUGUCCGUCGCAGGGGUAAGGCCCAUCCGCCAGUGCAAACUCAAACUUUUGUGGGCGCCCAGUGUCGUGACCAUGUCUUCAAGCCACGAGAACGACGACAAAGCCUCGAUCAUGGUAACGUGUGGCCCCACGUUUGCCAGUCUACACGUCGGCUACAACCCGACCCAAGUCGAGCAACUAGUGACCUGCCAGCAGCCGCGAUCGAGUUUGCACCAGUACAUGCCACUCGAUGUCGUCGAAACCAUGGGAACAAUCCAAGGGAUUCGAGUGGCGGUGCUGCAUACCGUGAGAUUCCCAACUGCCACCAAGCCCUUUGGUAGCCCAACGCCUAGUUCGUCGUCUUGGACAGUGUUUGAGGCUCAGAUUCAGUCCCCCGACCCAGCCAGUGUGCUCUUGCAGGACGUACAAGUGCGAAUGUCGGCUAGUGUCAAGCAAGUCGUCGAGUCCACUCAAGGGCUUGAACGCAGAAACAGUCGCAGACUCUAUUGUGGAGGGUAUUAUAUGACGGACGUGCAGCUAGAGACAACUCCGAUGGACGCGGCGAUAUGUUUUCAAACGUGGAUGCGACUGCACGCUCUAGUGUCGGAGCUUGUGUCGUCGUCGUUAUCCGACGAGAUGGAUGAAACCAACCCUUGCACUCCGUAUGCCCGACCAGAUCCGAUGCACCGUCUACACUUGGAGUCAUUGCCAACCCUCGACGACUUUGCGGAGCUGGUACACACGAGCACAGACUCGUCGCGCGUGCAUCCGCUGCCAGGUGAGUUGUUGGUCUGCCGUCCAACACGUAGUCCACUCAACCAAUUUGACACCAGCACCAUCAUGCGAUUUCUGAACCCGCAAAACCAAGUAUCGUCCGUCGACGACCUAUUGAAGCACAUGAAUGCUCCGUGGACACACGAUAUGAUGAAUGCGGUGGACUUGCAUUCGAAUCGACUGGUGGGGAGCUUGCAAUGGACAUAUCAUCUUCCCCGGCGAGUGACCUGUGUGGUGGCGAUGCCGCUGCCUCUCAAGUCCAAGCAAAUCGUGAAUACACUCGAGUGGCCACGACUGGAUCUGUCCGACCACGUGACGAGGCUGUGCGACGUCUGGUGCGAUUUGCGGUGGUGGUCGAUGGCAGACAACGCGUUCGUGUCUGUGGGUACAUUUUAUGUGCCGUGGGAGCCCCAACAACACAAAGCAAGUGCAGACGAUUACGACGAUGAGGAUGGUGAUGGCUACCCCUCGUCGUUUGCAUCGGCCUUGUUGAGCUGGGUAGAGCCAAGCACCCCCACAGACGAAGACAUUGCGUUGGAACGGUGCCUUCAGUCGACUGUUACCCCCCGAGAAUACAUCCCACAUCGCGUCGAAAGUGCUCAACGAUGGCAACUGCUGUGGCGACUUCCAUCCAGUUGCUCAAGCACUUCGUCGUCCGCCGCUGUCGACCUUGAGCAACUGUCCCGGACGAUUGGACAGUCGCUAAUGACCUCGCUUCGCAUCAGCUCGGUCUCGGGGCCACAAGACUGGACUGGAUUGUCCCUGUCGUGCGUGAUUCCCCAUGUUCAAAUGACCCUGCGACGUGGUCAAGGGGAGCUGCACGAUGUCGCACGGGUUAAAGUUGCCGACGUGGUACUGCACAUGCAAUGCGCAUCCUCUUCGUCGUCUUCUUCGUCGUUUCGUGGCACGGGGACUGUGAGUGGCGACCUCCAAAACAUGGUCACGUUGUCGUCAGUUCCAGUGCUUCCCCCCGUACAAGUGGCGAUUGGCGGGUCGUCCAGCUACCGACCUGCUGCUUCUCCGGAGGACAAACGGCGGCACCUUCUUUGUCCACUCGGCUCUGCCGAUCGCAAUCCACCCCAAAUCUUAUUCCUCACCAGACUCAACGUCCGCGCGAGCCCCGUGCACCUUCAACUGACUCCGUAUGCCGUCAAGUGUCUGCUCGAGUGGCCGACGUUGCUGGGCCACACCCCCAAACAAGAUUUGACAGAUAUGCGCAUUGUGCUCGCCAAUGGCACGGGCAAUGUCGUGUACUUUCGCCAGCUACUCACGACCGAGUAUCGACAAGUUAGCGCCCACACAUCGGUCGUGUACAGCUGGCAGUCGAUUUCGGCGCCGUUGCAACUGCAAUUUGCCCUGUCACAGCCGCCUCAUACAUGGUCCACGGGGUGCGCGUUGAAUCAACCGGGUGUGUUGUACCGGGAGUGUCCAAGGCACGGAUCGUUCUGGGUGGACAUCGUAGCCGACGGAAUCCAGACCAAGGUUACGCUAAGGGGGUCCAUUGUCCUGCACAAUUACACUACGCGGUCGCUGCGCUGCCGCUGGAGCGUCUCGUCCAACUCUGUCGCAAACACUAUCGUGAAUGCUGCGAUGCCGUGCACGGCAUGUUCGCGAAACGACGUCUGUUCAUGUACAGCCGUGUCGAUUAUGGCUCAAAGCAACGCCAUGCUCAGUCUCGGGCUAGAGUUGCCAUCUUGUGCGUCCAGCCACGAGGACAAAAGCAGUGGUGGGGGGUGGAGUACCCCUGUGAACCUCGAGCCUUCUGUGGAACGGUUGGAAUCUGCGACGACGACAAGCCAAUCAAAUUCCACGGCUACGUGUAUCUCGAUUCACACUCUCAAGUCGCAGUGGCAUGCAUGGGUAGUGGUGACGCGCGCAGUGUCGCCAGUGCUGCAGCGAAGUGACGUACACCGUGUGACACCGCGAUAUACUUGGGUGUUGGAUGCGGCAAGUGGCUGGGCACUCAACCAGUACAAUCCUCUGCAUCAACAUACUGUCGUAGUGUCCACGUCCCCAAGUCCACACUCCAACGACAGUUGUAUGCAGUCUACCCACACUUGCACCUUGGUCCAUUUCGACAUGCCUCGAUUUGUAUCUGACGACAAAGAUAUGCCGAUGUAUCCGUCAGAGGCGACUCAAAUCGACGUCCCCAACCUCGGGUUUGCUACGAUCACUCGACAUUCCAGCGGGAAUCCCGUGCGUUGCAUUGCCUUGUACCCACGAUUUCGCGUUCGAAACCACUUACCCGUUCCGAUUGUGCUGCGUCGCCACCCCACCGACGACGACGAUAACCCGGACAUGCAACACAUUCCAAGAUAUGAAGCACGAGAUACAGGCUGGCUGUCGUUUGAUGUUGGCGUGACUCCGCACGAUACCCUGGUGUGGUCGGCAACACCUGUGACGUGGCACGCCCCUGACGCCCCCCACACUGCGCUGGCGUGGACGUUUGCCACGUCAUGCUUGGAUACAUUCCCACAGCAACAACGAUUUCAAGUGCGAGCAACGACAACGUGUCACACAAAUGCUGCAGUUCACACCCAGCACAUCAUCACGAUCGCCCCAACCAUAGUCUUGUGCAACACAUCGGACUGGCCACUCUGCGUCAGCCCCGUCUCCACGACUGUAGACAUGGACAUCUCCGCCGCCGGCACUAUUCCUCGCAUUGCGUUGCCACCCCUGGCUACGUGGUGGGUGUGGGAGCUGGCCGACGAGGCCAAGUGCACAACAUUGCAAGACCCCGCUAGUAAACAUGUGAGUAGUAAGAGACGAGGGAGUACCAGUGGCUUGGCGUGGAUUCGACACCGGCUCGGCAGCUUCGACAGCAGUUCCGUCCCUCAACUCGGUCCAUCUUGCUGGGUGAGACUCUCGGUCGCGAACGCUGCCAACGAGUUUGGAUGGUCGCGUCCGAUUCCAAUGCAUGCGACCGCCGCCAUGCCUUCCCGCCAUCGACUGAUCCUUCCACAUCGACAGCAUCGCCAUCUGCUGGCCACGGUGCACAAGACGACAAAGGACGGGCUCACCACGUGCGUGAGCAUCUCGCACGACCCCCAGCCGCCUGUGGCAUUUCACAACCAUGUGAACCACGUGUUUGGGGUAACUACACGCAGCACACCAGGGGGGAUGGUGAUGGUACCUGCCCAAGGCAUCGUCGAAUACGACUGGGAUAUCCAACAAACGCAAUAUUGUGACGACGACAAGGGCGAGGACGAAGUAGAAGAAGGUGGUGGUGGGGAGGAUCAUAUCAGCACAAGGCGACCCCCCCCACCGAUCACUACCACCCCCAGUGUAUUUGACGCGACUGACAAAGACCUACCGCCAUCCCGUCGUCGCUUUCGACUGUGCCUCCCAGCUGACAAUAACAACGAGACAGCAGACGCCGCCGUUGGAUGGUCCAACGAGCUGUGGGUCGUGGAAGGCAUCCAAUUUGCCAAAUGGACUGACAAGGCGGCGGUGGUGCUAUUGGUCACUGCGUACAUGCGCGCAGGCACUUGGAUCGUUCGACUCGAGUGUGUCGAAGGGCCGUACACAAACCACACCCCACGACACUCGACGUUGUUAUUGCAAUGUCGUGACCAACCAAGUAAAAAUCGGCAUCGAACCGACCAACUACAUCGCACUCGUGUGGAUAUAACCGUGGACGAAAUCGCCCUGAGUUUAUUCGACGAACAAGCCGUGGUCCAGUCGAUGUAUCAAGAACUGUUUCGGUUGUCGGCUAAGCAAUGCCAUGUCACGUGGGCGUCGGCGUCGGACGCGGUGCCCGAAGCCGCCAAGUUGCGCCACGAUCUGGGCUACUUGGAGCAUCUCCACUCUUUUUGCACGAGUGUGGUGCGCCUCGGGUCGUUGGAGCUGUUACAUUUGUUUGACGACUGCAACUUCCCCGUCAUUCUUGCGACUUGCCCCCCAUCGUCCUCGCCCGCCCUGCGUAUGUUGACAGACGCGGACUUGCUGGCCAAAGACAUCAGCCCAUCCUCAGAAAGCCUGUUGCUUCGAGUGAUCGUAGCCCACCCACAUGCACAUUCCCGAGCUGUGCCGUACUAUCACGCUAUUAACGUUGCCGUCGCGCCUGUGCUGAUUCAGAUGGAAGAUUCGCUCGUGGCUAAAGUCAAGUUGUGGGUGGUACCCCUGCAGCCGCCAUCGUCGCCUACUGUACCUGAUACUGCUGCUGGAGGUUAUGAUGAUGGUACCCCAGAGCCCUGGCACCAACCAGUGUGCCCCAAGGUCUUUAUUGAGCACUUGUCCAUCCAACCGAUCGAGAUGACGAUCACAGCGCGAUCCAUCUACGGCCUUGAUCGAACCCCCCUGACGUUGUCGGCGGUGACCCUCACCAAUGUAUUUUGCGACCCCGACCAAUUAAUCAAAGACAUUGCAGCCAACUACGUGGCCGACGCGCUCGUGCAUAGUCCGAUGGUGCUCAUGUCGCUCAACGUGUUUGGCAACCCAGCGGGAUUCGUUCGCGAUGUGAGCACGGGGGUACAAGACCUAGUUCGCAUGCCAUUGAUGGCAGUCGCCGAGCACGGAUACACUCCGUACAGCAUGACACGUGGCAUCGUCCGCGGCACUGCGUCAUUCCUCACCCAUGCCUCGGUCGCCGCACUCACAUCCGUGUCUGGUAUUGCGAUGGCCUUCUCCAACUCGAUGAACCACCUGGCAUUGGCCCAUCAGCCUCGAUCACAGAUCAUGCCGAAUACAUUUGCGUCAGGGUUGUCGGGGGGAUUGGUGUCCCUUGGCAGUGCCGUCGUGGGGGGGGCUACGGGGGUAGUCACCACACCACUGACGCUCCUUCGAGACAACCAAGCGAUGGGCCAAGACACGGGGUUGAGAGGGGGGCUUGUGGGGGUGACCAAGGGCCUAGUUGGCAUCGUCGCGCAGCCCAUGAGUGGCGUGGCGUCGCUAGUAUCGAUGACAUCGCAAGGUCUGCUGGUGGAAAUGGGAUUCGGUCCUGUCCAGCCCAUUCCGUUGCAAGUUGCCCUGACCCGCAAUGAAGCGCUCCAUGUGCGAUGGAAGAUCUUGUCCGAGUGGAAUGUUGCCGGUGACAUUCAGUACGCGCCCGCGUUGUAUUGGGAUGACAUUAACACCGUGCCAGAGCAACCCACCAAAGCCGUACUUUUAAACCCGUUGGAGCUGUCUUGGCUCUUGCCCCGUGAUCCAGGGAGGUUGGGGCUGUGCAAAGUGCUCCUGGUCGUGACCCCCACCCACGUGUUUGUUGUGGACGAAGUGGAGGAAACCAUCCGCCGACAUAUUCCCUUGUCGCAUGUGACAGCCAUGGAGCAAAACGUGAUGGAACCGACCAAAUUCGACCUCGGCAUCGGGCAACCUGCGCUCAAAGUGCAGUGGUAUCGCUUUCGACUGGCUGCCAUGGACCGACGGCGACUGGGGCGCGUGGUUGCCGCGCUGAAAAAGUGGUAGCGUAGCCUGUGACGAAAACCUAUCAAGCAUACUUCGAAGUACAUACUCCGUCCGUCCCACGUUAAUUGCCCGAUUGAAAUAAUGAUGUAAACCUAUAAUUACUUGGACUCGGA